CUCUAUUUUCCUAUAUAUACACAAUAUAUAUAACACCUUGCUACAGCUUGUCAUCCUAAUUAUCUCCAGCACCUUCUCCAAUUCCCUCACUUUAAUCUUCACCUUAAUCCCAAAGUUGUUUUACAAUGGCUGAGACCCUUCUCCCCACCAACAACAACACCAAGAAGAGAACCGAGCACGACGACAUGGACGGACAAGACUACGCCGCUUCCGCCGCCAAGAAAUCCAUGUUCUUGCCCACAGCCGCGCCCGCGACGUGGGAGGACCCCGCCAUGGCAUUAGCCAGUGCUCGCCAUGAGUUUGGCGAGCACGGUGGGGUUAACAUGUCCAUCGAGGCCUCGGCCACGUUCACCGUCAUGGAGCCGGAGACCCUCCAAAAGAUGUUUUCCGGCGAGCUCGGCGCCGAUCGUGACUUCUUCAUCUACAGCCGUCACUUUAACCCCACUGUCCUUAACCUCAGCCGUCAGAUGGCUGCCCUCGAGGGCACAGAGGCCGCCUACUGCACCUCCAGCGGCAUGUCCGCCAUCUCCUCCGUCCUUCUCCAACUCGUCAGCAGCGGCGACCACAUCGUCGCCUCUAGAACCCUCUACGGUGGAACGCACGCCCUCCUCACCCACUUUUUCCCCAGAGCCUGCAACAUAACCACAACGUUCGUCGACAUAAACGACCUUGACAUGGUUAGGAAUGCGAUCGAGGUCGGAAAGACUAAAGUUGUAUAUUUCGAGGCAAUGUCUAACCCUACUCUCACCGUCGCUAACAUACCGGAGCUCAGCCGGAUUAGUCACGAGAAAGGGGUCACCGUCGUGGUAGACAACACCUUCUCUCCCAUGGUUCUCUCCCCGGUUAAGCUCGGCGCUGACGUUGUUGUCCACAGCAUAUCCAAGUUCAUCAGCGGCGGUGCUGACAUCAUUGCAGGUGUUGUGUGUGGACCUGCAAGCUUGGUGAACUCGAUGAUGGACCUUCACCAAGGUGCCCUAAUGCUUCUAGGACCCACCAUGAAUGCCAAGGUUGCAUUUGAGCUCGCUGAGAGGGUCCCUCACUUGGGUCUGAGAAUGAAGGAGCACUGCAACAGGGCCAUGGUGUAUGCCACAAGGAUGAAGAAGAUGGGACUCAAGGUCAUAUACCCUGGCCUCGAAGAGCAUCCCCAGCACGAGCUUCUCAAGUCCAUGAUCAACAAGGAUUAUGGCUAUGGUGGACUUCUCUGCCUCGACAUGGGGACUGAGGAGAGAGCCAAUAGGUUGAUGAACCUGUUGCAGAACUACACGCAGUUUGGGUUCAUGGCUGUGAGCUUGGGGUACUAUGAAACCCUGAUGUCCUGCUCUGGAAGUAGCACAAGCAGUGAAAUGAACAAUGAGGAGAAGGAGUUGGCUGGGAUUUCACCUGGGCUGGUUAGAAUGUCAAUUGGUUACAUCGGAACUUUGGAGCAGAAGUGGAGCCAGUUGGAGAAGGCACUGACUAGAAUGCAUGAUUCUGGUUUGUUUGGCAAGAAGUAAAAAAAACUGUGUUUUCUUUUUGUUUUUGGGGUCCAGAAAUAAUGGCCAAGUUGGUUUGCUCUUGUAAAAAUAGGCGGACCCUUUUCUUUUCAAUGAAUUUCCCUAAUUAUUAUCCAUUUGAUUAGUUUUAAUUUUGUUUUUGUUUUUUUUUUUUGUAUAAGAAAGAAAAUAGAACAAAGAAAAGAUUACAAGGAGUCGCCUUAAGGGUAGCCACAUCCUAGUUGGUCGGAAAGGACUGCUCUAGCAAUGGAGGUAGACAUGGGUUGAUCGAUUGCAAUUUCUUCUUCUGGUGAUGCUAUGUCCCAUAUUUGUCGUUGCAUCUGUAACAAAAUUGGCUUCGCUUAAGACAUGUCUGAAUCUAAUGUCUUGGAACUCUCUCAUGCAAUGCACUUGGUAUCUUCCACAAUUUGAUUAUGUCUCCAUUGGUAUGCUGCAUUUCUUGUUUACAUCUUCAAUAAUGAGCUUGGAGUCGCCUUCAACAAUUAUUUCGUGUCCUUCAUUCCUUGCUAAAAUGCGAGUAUGCGACUAUCUCUUAGAGCUGUGUUGUUUUUGUAGGUGAUACAUUAGCUAAGCCAAUGUUGUGAGUUGUGGUGAUAAUUGGGGUGCCAUCCGAGUUUCUGAUGAUUCUAUCGCAAGCAGCUGACGAUCUUGGUAACUGAUCCAAAAAGGUUGAUUUUGAGGGAAGGAUGCAGGUGAAGGUUUUGGUUAGUUCUAAUGUUGCUAUAGUUCACCUUAGUGUUUUUGCAUGAUCUAUUAGAAAUGUGGGUACGCCGGCUCUUCUAGGACAAUUAUAAGGAGGAGGAUGGAUUCUGCUGCCCUCAGACAUUUAUUUAGUUGGACUCGACCUCUCUGUUUGGGUUUUUUUUGCUAGGAUCUUCUUGGAAUUUGUUUAAGCUUGCCACGUCACAGUUUUACAAUCCAAUGGACGAAAAAUGAAGUCUUUUAAAACAUAAAUUGUACCGAGAAGCAUGAGAUUAUACUUUUGUUUCUUGACUUUGUCUGCAACAAAACUCAUAUCCAUCUCCUCCUCUCUGCAAACCAUCUAGAGUGUGAAGCAAUGGAAAUCUUCUCAAGUUGCUUCGACUGUCAAACAACUAAUAGUGUGACGCCUGUUGCAUUUUCAUCAUCAUCUUAUCCUACCUUUUCUUCUUCCUCACCCUCAAUCGAACCCCAAAACACUUCAAAAUCUCUACAAAAAUCCAACCACCCAAAAUCAAAACUUAAAAACCCAAGAACUGAAAGCACAGAAUUUAAGAACCCAAAAUUCCAAAAAUAAAAAUUAAGUAGAGAAUAGCACCUGGGAUUUGAACGAGGGCGUAGAAAUUUGAAAACUUGGACUAUCCCUUCUUCAAACAGAGAUUUACUUGCAACCAAGAUUAAUUAUGCAAUUAACCAGUUCCUAUUGAAGCUAGUAUUAAUGGAUCUGGUGGAGAAAACUUACGCAACGAAUCAGAGAAGGAGAGGAUCCCGUUGCCAAACUUGAUCGAGUUGACGCAUUUCUAGUUUUGGUUAAUUGAGGCAUAUUGGAGAAGAAGAUGAAUGAUCCAAUCUGCUGUUAC